AUGAGAAAAACGGCGUUCGAACGGUAUCCUCCACCAGAAGUGUUUGAAGGAGGAAUCCCUGAUUGGAAAUACUCUCUUGUGGGUCAAUUUCUGGGUGCAGCUCCGAAUUUUGCAGCAAUGAAAAUGAUCAUCAUCAGUUUAUGGAAAAAUUCACAACAAGGUUCUAACGUUCAGGUCAGUUAUGCUGGACCAAAUCUUUAUCUGUUUUCAUUCGAUUCUGAUUCUGCUCGUGACUGGGUAUUAGAAAAUGGUCCCUGGUACAUCUAUAAUAAGCCUUUGAUCCUUAGGCAAUGGGAACCCAACUUGAAAAAACUUCAUUUUGACCUAACCAGAAUUUCAAUUUGGGUUCAUUUAUACAAUGUGCCACUUGAAUUAUUCACUAAUGAUGGUUUGAGUUACAUUGCUAGCGCCAUAGGGUUUCCUUUGUCAAUGGAAUCUGUCACAACCACUAAAACUAGAUUGGAAUUUUCCAAAGUCUGUGUUGAAAUAGGGGUGUCUGAUGUGAUUCCUAAAUUUAUUGAUGUUGUGCUUAACAAUGGCCAAGAAACUUCUAUUUUAGUAGAAAUUCCUUGGCUUCCCCCAUGUUGCAAGCCUUGUAAUUCUUUUGCUCAUAGUUCUAAAAACUAUAAAAACAAUCCAAACUCCUCCCAUACAACUCAAGUAUGGAGGAAAAAGGAUCCUUCAACCUCUGAUUCUUCAGGAAACAAUAACUUAGCUUCUUCAAAUGAGGUGGAUUCUGUCUCUGUUAAGGAAAAUGUUGCUGGUUCUAAAUCUCCUAUUAAAAAGAGUAUAGGAAGGCCACCUAAAGGCAAAUUGGCCAAAUCUUUAGCCGAUUCAAGUAACUGUUUUGAGAUCCUUUUGGUUGAAGAGACUACCCAAGCCUCAGAAACCAUGGGGAAAUAA